GGCCCGUGCAUCGCCGCUUGGGAACAUCAGCCGGCCAAUGGCGCGCCUCCUCCCCUGCACACCACAGGGUAUAUAACUGGCGCCCUUGUUGUUCGGGGCAUCAGUUCGUGCACUCCAGAGUCACUAGCUAUCUCCAACCAUGGUCGCUAAGGUUAUGUUUGUUGCUCUCCUGGCCCUUGCCGCCGUCAUGGCCGCUCCUGAAGACGAGGCUGCCAGAACCAAGAAGCAGACCUAUCUCGCCUAUGGUGCCGCCCCCUACGCCGCCCCCUAUGCCGCCCCCGCCGCCGUCGCUUACACCGCUGGUGCCUACCCCUAUGCCGCUGCCGCCUACCCCUAUGCCGCUGGUGCCUACCCCUACGCCGCCGCCGCCUACCCCUACGGAUACAGAGUGUACUAACCGGAUCAAUCUCAAUCAACUCUAAUCUCGUCAUUUUUAAUUUGUACAAACUCAAUUCAAAUCACCCGCCGUAUGUUCACUUCAGUCAGUAAAUUAAAUUAAACAAAAUUUUCCGCUA